AUCAAAGAAAAAUACUCUCAUUUCAAGAAAAAGUUCCUUAUUUUUAGUUCUAUUUUUGCAGUGCAUGUUGGAACGAGCGGCGUCUCCUGUUGUUGAGCCUGGGUGACCCUGUCACACCUGCCAAAUCCCUCACUAAUCCCCCCUCCACCCUCAUCCCUGUGGUCGGUCUCACGGGUCACCUGUGCUGAGCCCAGAUCCUCAGCCCUCACGGAGUUUCCUUUAUUCUCUCUGUCCGCACGCUUUCUCCGGAUGUCUUUUUUCCUGAUAUCUCCUCGAUGUGAGCUUUCUGGGAGCGUCGGGUGACACCAUGCGUCGACUGCUCUGUCUGCAUGUAUUCCUAUGCUGUCUCAGUAUGGCUCUGGCCUUUUGUCCCUCGCAGUGCACCUGUGUCUUUCAUGGACGCGUUGAGGGAACCGGAACCAGAUCCGUGCUCUGUAAUGACCCGGACAUGUCUGACAUCCCCGUCAACGUCCCCGUGGACACCGUCAAACUCCGUGUGGAGAAAACCGCAGUGCGGCGGAUCCCAACCGAGGCGUUUUACUAUCUGGUGGAGCUGCGAUAUCUCUGGAUCACCUACAACUCCAUCACGUCGGUAGAUACAGGAAGCUUCUACAACCUGAAAGUGCUCCACGAGCUGAGGCUAGACGGGAACAUGAUUUCGGUUUUCCCUUGGGAGUCCCUCAAGGAGAUGCCGAGGCUGAGGACGCUGGAUCUUCACAACAAUAGACUCACCAGUGUCUCCCCAGAGGCCAUCCCUUACCUCCGCAACGUCACGUACCUGGACCUGUCCAGCAACAAGCUGACUACACUGCCUUCUGACCUCAUGGAUAUCUGGCCACCCUUUAAUGGUGUGCCCAUCUCUUCUAAUGCCUCUCAAAAAGUCGUCCUAGGCCUUCAGGAUAAUCCCUGGUUCUGUGACUGUAAAAUCUCCAAGCUGAUUGAGAUUUCCAAAAUGGUGGAAUCAACGGUGAUUUUGAUGGACUUGUUUUUGGGCUGUGCCGCGCCGGAGAACCUAGCGGGAGUCCUUUUUCAGCGCGCUGAGCUUGAGAACUGCGUGAAGCCAUCGGUGAUGGCGUCUGCCACCAAGAUAACGUCGACUUUGGGCAGCAACGUCCUACUGCGAUGCGAUGCCUCAGGAUCUCCGACACCAGCUCUUUAUUGGACCAAGGCAGAUGGCUCUCCAGUCAACAACACAGUCCAGGAGUCACCCGGGGAAGGGAUUAAUUGGUCCAUCAUGAGCUUGCAUGGCAUAGAGUAUAAAGAUGCGGGGGACUACAGUUGCAAAGCGAAGAAUGUCGCCGGCACGGCAAAAGCCACCAUUACUUUAACGUUGGCUGGUACCAUGAGCACCACUGGACCCCCACUGCAACCCAGCACCAGAACAGUACCAACCAGCCAAGGCACAGCAGUCACUCCCCCAAAUUACGUUUCUAAAUCACCCGUCACAGCACCAACCGUCCCUCCAGGAGCACUGACGACACUUUCUGACGGACAAAAGCCCCCCAAACCCGUCUCUGGCAACGGUUCCCAGAAAGGUCUGCUCAGGGAAACCAAAAACCAGCAAGCAAGUAACGGAAAAAAGUUUGCAGCUGAUGAGAAGAGCAAGAAAAGUGACGGCUCCAGGGCUGUUAAAGACCUGGAGAUUGUGGAGCAGACAGCCGACACUGCAGUGUUGCUCUGGACCGCAGGCGGAUUGCUAAAUGAUGCGCCACUGACGGUUGUUUAUUCGCCCUACGGCGAGGAUGACAGUAAAAGGACGUUGGAGACCAAAGCAGGAAGUGGAAAAGUACUCCUAGAUGGACUGUCACCUGGAAUGAGGUACUCAGUCUGCCUUGUUGCAAAAGCUAGUGCUGCCCGGAAAGAUCCUUGCAUUGACUUUUACACGGAAGACAGCGGGCAGAACAAACUUUUCUUCGUCGUCAGCAGCAUCGCCUGCGUUCUGGCUUUGCCGUUAAUUGCUCUGCUUAUCUACAAGAUUCUUGCUCUUUACUGCAAGGGACGCAACACACCUCUGGAUGAGCGCGAGCUAGAGAGGGAGAGCUACGUCAAAUUUGAGACAAUCUCAAUGAAACAAAGAACUCUGACCUCGCAUCCGAUCGAACUCUGGGCAAGAAGACCAACGAAUGAUUCUGAGCGACUCUUGCUUUGCUCGCGGUCAAGCAUCGACUCUCAGAUGACCUACAAGAGCGACAGUUCUCGGUCUGAGUACCUCUGUUGACGUCAGACUCCAUUGCCAAUACACCAACACCAUGCUAAAACACCUGCCUUUCAUACAUACAUGUUUAUGACUGGGUUUUAUUUUUCUACUAACGGGCCGUAAAGAAUGAAUGUACUGAGAGAAACAUGAUAGUUUAGAAAAGUGUUAACAGGAAGAGCUCUGUGGCGGGGGGGUCAAACGGACCUUUUUUGUCCUGGUUCUGAGCCUUAUAUACUUCAUCCAGAAAUCAUGCAGACAUUUGGGAUGGAUAAUUUAACAGGGAACGGUGUUUGAUGUCGUCCUCGAUGCCAAAGCUGUAAUGUCUGGAAGCUGUGGCGAUCUCAGAGAAGACCCAUAAUGUUCAUAUACCUGCUGUAAGGAUCCAGCUAAUUGUUGCCUUACUGAACACAGAAGUACUGUUUGUGUGUUUGACGGAGCACAAAACCUGAAUCGUUUUAUAAAUGUUGCCACUUUUUAUUUUUAUUCAUAAAUAAAUGUUUACUUUACUUUGAACUUCAA